AUGUCCAUCAUUCAGCAGCACACGUCUGCUACGCUCAGCGACGCCUGGCGCACCAUCAACAUCGACGCCCUGCAGGAGGACUCGCCGCACAACUUUGACACCUCCACGCUGCACCCGCCUCAGCCCGAGAUCGACGAGUCCGAGGUCCGCGGGCUUGCUGGGCAAGUCAGGCAGCUGUUGAGGGGCGGUGAUGCGGAAGGCGCGUUGAGGGGUUGCUUGGAGUUCCCGGUGUACAACGGCGCCGAUGCCGCCAAGGAUGCCCACCUCCAAACCAUCACCGAGGUCCUCCAGUCCAUUAAGGCCUCCGAGAUGACGCCCCUGCUCAAGUCCAUCUACGGAUCCCCCGGCGGCCCCGAGCUGCUCGACGUCCUCAUGAAGUACAUCUACAAGGGUAUGGCGGGUUCCGCUGGUGGUUCCUCGGGGCUGAGGUCGCCGCCGCCGCAGGCUGCGCCAGGCGGGUUCAGCCAGAUUGGCGGACGGCCCGGCGGCACGAACGAGAAUGUCGGCAGCGCGAUGAGCGUGCUGCUUAGCUGGCACGAGAAGGUUGUCGAUGUUGCUGGGCUGGGAUCUAUCGGUCGUGUCAUGACGGAUUGGAGACGGGUUUAA